AAUCUCACUGAAUCAUCAAAUGCUUCACUGAGAGCCGUUCAGCUGCUGUUGUUAAGGCUUCAGCACGAUGGAGCGCCAGGAUCACCGCCUCCUUCAGAGUGAGGUUGAGUCAUCGUUCCAGAAGUGAGCAGGCAUGAGUGCGUCUGCAGCCACAGUGAGGCAUCAAGGGACAACAGAGAAGCCUCAAACUUCAAGGACACACCGGAAAUCUGCAGGAAGUUCAAGGGGCAGCAGAGGGUUGGUGCACAGUUGUUUUCUCUGAUGAAGCCAACUUCUGACUGUUUGGGAAAUCUGAAAAAAUCAUUUGUCUGUGGAAAAUCCCAAGAUUUGUGAGGCAUGUUUACAGACGAUGAUGGGGGUACCUGCAAGAGACCCGGCAGAGUGGAGUGGGCAAGCAUAAGGGCUAAACUCUGGUGACUGGAACAUCAUGGAUGUGAAACAGGCAAGCUUUUCUGGCAAGUUAUCUGGUUACGAAGCUCUGCAGAGGACACAAGAAGCAAAAGUUACUUUGCAACACUCAGAGGAAACCGAUGACAGGGGACGGGAAGUAAUCACCUGGAGAGACAACACCAGGGUUGGUUCCUGAACAUGAAACAUGCAGCCUCUCAACCGGAAACAACCUGCAGGUGUGAAGGGGCGAGCAGCUCCCCCUCCGAGGGCAGAGCCAAAAAUCUCACCGCACAGAGCCACCUGGAGAAAGACGAUUCAGCCAGCCUGCCUCAAACAUGGAGCAGAAGUGAAAAGUGGCUCAAAGAUCAUUAGAUCAGCAUUUUGGAUCCAUGGUCAGAAAACCUAAUCGUGGUAAAUGAUCAGUUCUUAAAGGCAUGUAGACAAGAAGAAGUCCACAAACAGUGAAGACCUUGGAGCACUGAUCACUGUUUGGAGGUUUUUCUCCUUCUCUGCGUUCUCUCUCUCCUCUCAGGUGCAGUUGUGUGCCGGCGGUCCUCGCUGGGGCCGCCAGCUGGAGGAGUCUGUUUCCCAGGCUUUGCUAAUCACACAUGCCUUUCAUUUUCUCACCAGUGAGCACUAUUUAAAGAUUGUGUUUGGCAUUCAAUCUCUGUCAGACUGUUGUCACUACAGUAGUGCUAAUCGGCGCCCUCAUGCUUAGAACAAGUUUUGUGUCAUGCCCUGCUUAACCUUUCGCUCUUAUCUGCCUCCAGUAAUUUUUCUAAUGACGUUCCUCUGCUGUUGUGGACAUUCCUCAGUCCAAACCUGCUCUCACUUCAAUUUGUUAUCAUAAAUUGUUAUCACAAUAGCUACCAGCUAUCCAAGGAAUUCUCACCUGCAGUGUACCUGCCUGCCCGCUCUCCACAGCUCCUUCUCCCAGUCUCCUCUGGACUCCUCUGGCCAGUCAGAACAUCCUCCACAGCCUCUAGAUGAAAAUAAUACCAGCUCCACUUCCUCUUGAAGCUAAGAUUGAUUCUGGACCACCUCUGGCUGAAACCUUCCUGUAAUCAGAGAGUUACUUGCACAAUCUCCUGCUGCUGUUUCCAGUGUCGGUAACUUCUAAAAACUUGUUAAAUAAACCUUUUAGAACUGUUGUUAGUUUCUUUCACUGCACUCAUUUGGUCAUUAUGGCAUUUAGGACUUCCAGAAGCUGAUAUCCUGCAUGUCAUAGAGAACGGCAGAAGUUACAAAGAAGAAGUGUGAACACUGUAAACACUGACUCUCUGCACAGAGUUCAUUUGCCAAAGUGAACUGUUCUUUACUAAAGAAUAUGAGCUUUGUGUCUGAAACACUGAAAAACCUUUGGCCUUGAUAUGAUCAAAAUAUACAUAAUACAAGUUCUGAUGAUAUUCUAUGAUAUUCUUAAUUAGCUGUAACAAGGAAGAAGAAAGUAUAACUGUAAUAAUUUACACAGCCUGCCAUCCCCCUUGAUGUUUUUUAAAUGUGUCAAAUUCAAAGUCAAGAUUAAGACUUCCUGUUCACAGGAUGCACCUUUGACCUUUGACUUUUUGUCAAGUUCACACAAACAUCAGAUUCAGAACUUCAGUUUGGCUUUAUUUGAAUAUAUGUUUGCAAGUUAAACCAAAUACCUUUCAGCCAUUUGACCAUCAGCUAACUUCUUCUUCUUGUACAAUAAAUUAGUCAUGUUCAUGGACUCCAACUUCCUCAGAAUUAGCACGAAGCUCUGUGAAACAUGACGAACUGUGUGAUUCACUCAGAAAAAGACGAAGCUUUCCUGUUUACCAUGUUUUGUGCACAUUUAUUCAAACAAAUCAACCUUUUAAUGACGCAGGAAUCCAUCCCACAUCAGGCCGAGGAGAAGAUUUAUGACAGCAGCUGGAAUCUGUGCAGAGUGCAAAACAAACAGCUCCACAGCUGAAGAAUAACUGCACCCGCCAUUCACACACACACACAACCGUACACCACUAUAGAUGACCCUGCAGUGGCCGGCGGAUGAGAUCGGUUGGACACUGUUUUCAUUAGGAGCAGCCAUGAGGAGAUGGUACACUGUGGUUAUAAACAGAUGGACACAGUCAGCAGCAACACUCAGUAACAAAGCUUUCACCGUCAUCCCCCCGAACCCCAAGAAGAGAAGAGAGAUCCAGAAAAAGGCGGAGGCGGAGCUUGCCGCUUUAGAGGAGCUGCGUCUGAGCCGAGCGAUGGCGUACGUUUCCAUUAACCCCAGCAGUGUCGGUGGCUGCAUGAGUCUGGAGGAAGUACGCUCGAAGCAGCAGCAGGAAAUGAUGCUGGCAAAGAAGAAGCAGAAACCGAUGAAGAAGCCGGUGUUGGAGGAAGCGUCCGUCCUGACGAGCUGAGCGUCUCCUCCCGCCUCGACUCCUCGCUGCAGCUGAAACACAGAAAUCACAUGUUUAAGGAGCAAACUUUGAAUAAGUAUUUUUAGUGAAAUAUUUACAGAUGAAAAAACAAAUAUCAGAGCUCACAUAUGUCAUCGUUGUUGUCAUAUAGUGGUUUGAUUAUGGUUGUUUAGGUGUUUCAAAGUUCUGUGAGUAGCUUUGUGGUCGAAUGAAAACUUACUUUUUAUCCAAGUUUAAAUAGAAAAUAACUUUAUUAACAGGUCGAUGACUCAAACAUCUUCCUCCGAGGUUUCAGCCAUCACGUCAGUAACAUGGAGCUCAGGGAAUCUUAUAUGUGCAGCUCAAACUAUGCAACCAUCUCUGGCCUGAAUGUGAUAAAUAUAAACAGUUUUGUGCUAACACACAGGUGGUUCACUGCUCACAGGUACUCCAGUCUUUCACCUGUUGAAUGUGUUUGGUUAGAUUCAUUUUUCUAUGUAGGAUUCUGUUGUAUUUUCUUUACCUUUGUUUUUAUUUUAUUUGUAGUUUUCAUUAAAUCUGCAGCUGUGUCCAACAGACUGAGUCCGUGUGUUCAAGCUGCAAACACCGGAAAUAAAAAUGUUUGCUGCAACAAACAGA